AUGAUGACACAUGUGAUCUUGUGUGCUGAGGACUGGAUGGGAAAAUUGCAGGUGGCAUCCUGCGUGGUGGUGGUUGACUUGGGCCAGCUCCUGAAUGAUGAGACUAUGAAACCAGCGCAACUUCCUCCCGUGGUGCUUGCUACGAUGGAGGCGUUGCAGACCAGUCUGGAUUCGAUUGGUGUCAUCGUCUUACCGAAGACACCAAACAUGUACCUGCUGUCCCUCAUUGCAGCUGCAGCUGGUCGUCAUCUCGAUUGUCGGCUGAUUCAGACAUCUGUCCCGAAUCUCUAUGUGGUGGUUAUGGGCAAGAACUUGGAUGCAGCCACACCAGCACCACAAGAUCCACCGGAGACCCCAGAGGUCAGCACGCUGAUUCACAGGGUGGUGGCCAGUGAGAGUUGGCAGACAGGUGUCCUGACAGCCGCCCCACAGAAAGAUCUCACAUUCGGGUGUGUCUGGAAUGAGAUUUGGAGCGCUGAAUGGAUCCAUGCUCUGCUCAAGUCCCUCGGUGUCAUUCCUCUGCGCCAGAAUGAUGUGGUACUCGAGGUCGAAUGUGGUCCUCAACUCCAUGCCUUGCUGCAGAGCGGUGAGGGGGCCUGGUAUGGGUUGCAUGUCAAACCAUCGCCGAGAAAGGAGCAGAUACUGCAGGAUCUGAGACGCAAGUAUCUGGCAUCCUUCUUGAAGGAGAAGCGACAGCUGCGCGCCCAGCGCAGCGCUACUGAUGACACACUGGAGGGGCUGGAAGAGCAGCUGGUCUCCAGGUUCCCGGGUGGAAGCGACAGUCGACCCCCCAGAGUCUACCCGGCCUACUUCGAGAAGCUGGUUGAGCCUUUGAUCCGAGACGAGUGCGAGAUUCAUGACUCCGUCAGCAUGACCCACAAGUUCACACUUCCGAAGGACGACCACUUUGAACAUUAG